CUCCACGCCUCCGCCUCCCCCUGCUCCCCCUCGCGAUCCCGACGCCGCCGUCCCCGCCGCCGUCGUCGCCCGUCGUCGCCCCGAAGCGCCUGCGGCCGCCGCGCCCCCGCCACUGGCCCGCAACAGCGGCGGGCGCGCCCGGCCCGCCCCUCCUGCCAGCGCUCCUCCUGCCGGGGGGGGGGAGGACCCCGACCCUGUGGAUCCAGCCCCUCCCGCUGCGCCUCUGCACGCACCCUUGCUUCUACAUGACGCCGCACGCCCGCCACCGCCCCCAGCACGCGAGCCUGCUCCUGCACGGCAUCGUCGCGGGCACCUGCGUAUUCUCUACCGGCAAGGCUGUCAAGUCCAUUGCCCUCGUCCAGGAGCGCGACCACCACGGCGCCGACGCCGCCUCCGCCGCCACCUCGGCCCCCCAGGCCGAGCUCGGCCAUAUCUUCGUUAGCGACCAGAGGCUCUGGAGCUCGCUCCUGCAGGAACACGUCGAGGUCCGCAAGUCCGCGGGCAGCGGCAUGAGCUUGGCCGUGCUGUGGGGGUGCGUGGUCGCGAUCUCCUUCGCCCUGGCGGCCUCGAUCCUCUACCUCUGCUCCGCCGUCCGGGCCCAGCGGGCCUACGAGGCCAAGUCCAGCCCAGCGCGUGGCAUGCCCUCUGGGGCUGCCGAUGGAAGAUCCAUGAGGUCCAUGUCUUCGCUCCGGAGCUGCAGCGACGCCUGCUCGGAGCGCCGCUGGCGCGCGCGGACGAGAGCUGCAUGUCCUCGUCGACGCUGCAGACCCGCUCCCGCACCAGCGUGGGGCUGCCCGGCCUGCCGCUGUGCCACCUGCUGGUGGUGCCGGACGGCACGCGGCUCGCCUGCUUCAUCCAGAACGAGGUGCGGCGCCGGA